AUCUGAGUUUUUAGGACAGAACAGCCUUAGCCCUAAUCGUAUUUUGUUUCAGUUACGUGUCUCCUCCAAUUAUAUCUCACCACGUCGUGCAGUAAUUUUCAGAUUUUCUUUUUCCUAAUUUCUUUCUGUCUUCCACAUCCUUGCGACUCGAACUGAUUUACUUACAACAGCACCAAAAAAAAAAAAAACAAAGAAUCUGUCUGUAACUGUCUUUUGCGUUUCUAGCAGUUGAAUUGAAAGUUGAGUGGUUGACUAUGAUUCUCCGGUCCGUCAUAAUGGUGGUUGUGGGGAUUUUAUCCUCUGCGUCGCAAGCAUUGCGGUUCGAGCUGCAAUCGGGACACACCAAGUGCAUCUCCGAAGACAUCAAAAGCAAUUCCAUGACGGUCGGAAAGUACCACGUUGUCAACCCAAACGAAGCUCACCCUUUGCCCGAUUCUCUCAAGUUCGCUGUCAGGGUAACGUCGCCGCAAGGGAAUAGUUUGCACACGGCGGAGAAAGUGGAGACAGGGCAGUUUGCGUUCACGGCGGCGGAGGACGGAGAUUACAUGGCGUGCUUUUGGGCGGAGGAUCAUUCGCCGCAGAUUAUUAUGACCGUUGAUUUUGAUUGGAGGAGUGGAGUUCAAGCAAAGGACUGGUCUAAUGUUGCCAAGAAAGGCCAGGUCGAUGUGAUGGAACUGGAACUGAAGAAGUUGUAUGAUACGGUUACCUCCAUCCACGAGGAAAUGUUUUAUCUGCGAGAAAGAGAAGAAGAAAUGCAGGCGCUGAACCAAGCUACUACCUCCAAGAUGUUCUGGUUGUCGUUCCUUUCUCUUUUUCUUUGCUUGUCAGUAGCUGGAAUACAAUUUUGGCACUUGAAGACCUUCUUUGAGAAAAAGAAGCUCAUUUAAGUUUGUAAAACAAAAGAAGAUCAUAGUUGGACCCCAGAAAAACAUAUUUUAUGUUGGAGUUUUGACCAUGCUUAAUCGUUCCAAUUCAUGUUUGAAUUUAUAUGAGAACAACAGCGGUUGUGUUUUGUCAA